AGUUUUUUUUAAAGAAAAAUUAGCCCUAAUCUGACCAUCAAUGCCACCAACUCCAAUUAAUUGAAAAGUGGCGUGUAUAGAGGGACAUUGAAGGGAGUAGACAGGAACCAAAGGCAAGGUCCCAUCACAUCAGUACUUGCUGCUUACUUUCUGUCUUAUGAUUCACUCAAACUCGGAGUACCGAAGACAGUACCUCUCUCCUUCAUCUGACAAAUAUAUAGCACUGCCCACACACUAACUUGUACUCCUCAUGUCCCUCCAAAACUAUGUCACCAACCCCUAUGCUAUCAUAGUGUGUGAGGGUGUUUUAUAAUAACCUCUCCCCUUCAUCUUUUCAAGGUCUUUUAACUUCCAGUCUUUGCCUCUGCUAGAUAACCCCCCUCCCUUCUCUGCUCCCCUCCCCUCCCCUCCCACAGCAUCCAUUCUAUCCAGCGUAUCAGCUAUGAAGAAGCUAUACCGUAAAGGCAAGGUGCAUCCAUCAACGCCAGUAAUAUCAGACCACCUGUCCUUUCUUCCGGUCACCAUCCUUGCCCUCACAGCUGCUCUCUCCCCAGAGGACAGAGAGGUCUUGGCCUAUCUUAUCUCCUGCUCAGGCAAUAACAAUAUCUUCUACAGCAACUGGUCCAAUAUUAAUAGCCGCAAGAGUAGUUGUAACCAAAAGACAACUUCUUACACCAAGAGCAGCAGCAGCAGCAGCAGUCAUGACCACCCUCCUAUGUUCAACUGUGAUUGUUUUAGGUGCUACAUGAGUUAUUGGAUUAGAUGGGACUCGUCUCCUAACCGGCAGCUCAUUCAUGAGAUUAUUGAUGCUUUUGAGGAUUGGUUAUUGAAACAAGGUAAGAGUAGUGCUACAAGCGGCAACAAGAACAGGAAAGACAGGAAAAGGAAGGGAAACAGUCGAGGUUCUGGUGAGUUGAUCAAGAGGCCAGAGUUGCGAAUGAAGGACAAGCAGCUGGAUGAGUCUGAUUCAGUGGAUGGAAAUAGCAGUGGUAGUGGUGGGAGUGGAGUUGGUGGUGAUGGUGAGGAAGGGACAGAGAAGGGGUCUGUCAGGAGGCUGGUGAGCUUCAUCGGGGAGAGGAUUUGGGGUGUUUUGGGUUAGUGAAUUAGAUCGAAACAAAAAUGGAAAAGGCCUGGUGGAUUUGAUUUGUCGUAGAACCUGCAGGCUACUUUUCUGACAUUUCAAUGUAAGAUCAUAAAGGGAAGGUUCUUCUUCUUGUUGUUUUAAUUUCCCAUCUUUUUUCUAA